AGAAGCGCAGACCUUAGUCCCUUGGUUCAUCGCAGUCUUCACAAACCAUAUUCCACCAAAUGAUGAGUCUCAAAGUUCAUUCAAUUGCUUCAAUAAUAGUCUCUAUACUCUUUUCCCUCGUCUUGACUUCAGAAUGUGGAGUCAUUGUGGUCUACUGGGGCCAAAAUGUAAUGGAAGGCACCUUGCGCGAUACAUGUUCCUCUGGAUUGUAUCGGGUUGUUAACAUAGCCUUCCUCCCAACUUUUGGCAGUGGUCAAACUCCUAAGCUGAACCUAGCUGGUCAUUGUGAGCCUUCAUCUGGGGGCUGUAAAAAAUAUAGCGAGGACAUUCGCCAGUGUCAAAGCCAAGGAAUUAAGGUCAUGCUCUCAAUAGGCGGUGGCACCGGGAACUAUUCUUUAUCAUCAGCCAAUGAUGCCAAGCAAGUGGCUGAUUAUUUGUGGAACAACUUUUUAGGGGGAAAAUCAAAUUCAAGACCACUAGGUGAUGCUGUUUUGGAUGGUAUCGACUUCGAUAUUGAACUUGGCCAAGGCCAAUCUUAUUAUGCUGCUUUGGCUCAAGCAUUGUCUGGUUACAGCAAGCAAGGCAAAAAAGUGUACUUAACUGCAUCACCACAGUGUCCAUUUCCUGAUAAGAAACUCAAUGCUGCCCUUAGCACUGGACUCUUUGACUACGUAUGGAUCCAGUUCUACAAUAAUCCUAUGUGUGAGUACACUUCUAGCAGUCCCAACAACUUCGAAAAUUCAUGGAAGAAAUGGACAUCAUCAAUAAAAGCAAAUCAAUUUUUUGUUGGACUUCCGGCUUCAAAGAUGGCUGCUAAAAGUGGUUUUGUUCCAGAACAGGAUCUAAAAUCGAAGGUCCUGCCGUUCGUGAAAACAUCAUCAUCAAAAUAUGGUGGCAUCAUGCUUUACGAUCGAAGCAAUGAUAAGCAGAGCAACUAUGGUUCUGCUGUGAAGGGCAGUGUUUGAGUUUAAUAUAUAAGCCACCAUGUUAUUACUAAAUAAAAAACCCAGAAGAGUAAUGUGGCCUAAUAAUGAAGCCACCAUGUUAUUACUACUUCUGCUGUGAGCAUGUUAUUUGUGUAAUCACUAAAAAACCUUAUUAUCAAUAAUACACCAAUAAUUGUCCUUGUACUUUUA